CGACAAGAAGUGGACCCCAAGGAACCCGUACGUAUUCACCCACGGCCUGGAACACGGCCGUCUGUCCGACCUAAUGCAAUGAAAAAUAGAGGAAAACAAUUGGAAGCACUGAAACAAAUGGAAGAACGUAUCCAGCGGUUACAGGGAAAUGCCCGUGAAAUCCCGAAAGUUAAAGUGCCUUCAGGAAGCCAAUCGUCGAUGAGUCUUUGCCUGCUUGAUAUUAGUGAAGCUCUUUCAAAGUACAGAGUUCGGUGGCUUCCACCGAAUGAUUCCUUCACAAAUGGGCGAGGAUCACCUGAAGAGGCAGUUCUUUACUCAAUUGUACACGGGCGGGGUGAAUUGAUUGUUUUCGGUGGUGUGCAGAAGUUCAUCGCCACACAGGCAACAACAAAUUCGCCUGGGGGACCUAAUAUUGUCUCAAAUGCAGUUUACUUUAUUCAAGCUCCUAAGAGUAUCAUCUGAUUACGGUGAAACAGUUUAAUCUUGGCUCCAACGAUUAUAGCUGCUCAGAUUUGUAUAAUACCAUAAAAGACAUUUGUUUGCCACUUUACUAAGUUAUAGUUUACUUCCAAUUCAGUCCUAUAUACCAUAUUUGUUGCUGCAACAAUGGGCUAGUGUUGCUUGGGACCUUGACUGAUUUUGGUACCAGAUGUAGCACAAAACAUAUGAAAAACUUUUCCAUAGAAGAAGACUGGUCUAAUAUUUUAACAAAAUUUUAGGGAAUGUUACCCAAUCAUAGAAAAGCUUGGAGAAAUUCAACUCGCUUUUCAAAUUGUCAAAAUUUUCAUCUAGAAUUAUUAUGUUGGAAUCUGUCCAUGAGUUGCAGCAAUUACAAAACGAAGUUUUCACUUGCUUAUGGGCAAUUAAUCCAUUUUUGGCGCCAUUUCUAUUUUAAAAAAAAGGGGGGGACAAAUACAGAUAAUGUGAAGUACGAACAGACGACGCGUCAUCACAUCGACAAUUUCCAAGAGGGUCGCAAUUCCCAAGGUUUUACGUGCACUUUACUUGCAAGAUGCCAUUGUCUUGAGAUGGCAAUGAACUCGUCUUGGGCUCUUGGCCAAAUACAUUUCUUUGCUGGGUGCAACCACAUUUAAGCAUCUCAAGACGGGGGAGCUUUGUGAAACUGACUAUUAAUCUCAAAAUACGAAACAGAAGCCGAAUAACUUCUGGAGAAUUACCAGUUCAAUGGUUGCUAUCCCCUUAGCAAUCACUUGUCAACUUAUUGGAAAGGAAACAGCUUUCGUCGACACAUUUACAGUUUAUUACAAACUGCGUUUCCUCCAUGCUGUCCGGAUAAUUGCACGAUGACUCCAUUUACCAAAAAUCAACAGUGGCCACCGUUUUCUCGAGAAGCAAAAUUCCGCAGCAAUUGAAAUGUUUCGCCUUCCGGUCCGUCGACUGUCAUUUUUUUCACUCCUUGUCGGGGCAAUAUUUGGCUGCUUUCUCAAUUUACUCGUACAGGAAUCUCUCCAACAGCUGUUUCUAAAUGAUAAUCUGGUACCUGCCAGUGAAGUCGAUCAAGAAACUGAGUCAUCAGUUCAACAGGGAGCAGAGGCAUAUGAAAAAGAUGUUACUGUCCGAAUUAGGGAGGAAGAAGACGUUAAAAGAAACAAUGAAAAGGAUCUCUACGAUAAAGUACGUGUGUUAUGCUGGAUCAUGACUUCACCGGAAAAUCACGAAACAAAGGCAUUGGCCGUGAAAGAAACGUGGGGUAAACGCUGCAACGUUCUUCUGUUUAUGAGUUCAGAGGCUGAUACGAAACUACCGACUGUUCAACUGGACGUAGAAGAAGGUCGAAACAGGUUAUGGGGCAAAACACGUGAAGCCUUCCGCUAUGCCUGGGAUCGUUAUCAAGACGAAGUUGAUUGGUUUUUCAAGGCUGACGAUGACACGUAUGUCGUUGUAGAGAACCUGCGUUAUUUUCUCUCGGCCUUCAAAACGUCCGAGCCUUUCUGGUUUGGUCACAAGUAUAAGACCAAUGUGACGGCAGGAUUCUUCAGCGGCGGAGCGGGUUAUGCCUUGAGUAAGGAAGCUACAAGGCGAUUCGUCAAAGAUGGUUAUUUCAACCCACUUUUAUGUCAAAGAGACCAUGAAGGAGCAGAAGAUGUCGAAAUGGGAAAAUGUAUGGAAAACCUAAACGUUUCGGCCAUGGACACGCGGGAUUCGAAAGGAAGAGGAAGAUUCUUUCCUUUCCAACCUGAUCGGUUCUACUUUUCCCGAAAAAUUACCGAUUAUUGGUACUGGAAAUUUAUCUAUUACCCUCCAAUAAUGGGACCUGACUGCUGUUCAGACAGCGCCAUAUCUUUUCAUUACAUCGAUCCGAAAAUGAUGCGAUUACUCGAUUUCUUCUUUUAUCAAAUUCGCCCCUUUGGAAUCGUCGACCAACGCCCUGCCACGCCCGAACCGCCUCCUGAUUCAAACCUCACUGCAGUUCCUUGGUUCGCACCCAAUGACACCUUAGUCAUUGCUGGUAUCCCAAUAUCGAAGCCAAAUCAAACUGAAGUGGAUAUAACUUUUGCUGAUGACGCGCAGAAGACAAUCAAUCGAUCAUCUGAUUAUUCCCGAUAUCAAAUUCAUUCUGGAACGGCCGAUCAACGACCUAGCAUUAUAAAGUUGGAAGAGCCUAUUCCAUUGCUAACCACCCGAAGAACGAAUAUGGAAACGUCAUUUAUUAGUAAAACCACUGUGGGUCACGUGACGAUUAAGACAAGUGCUAAGCGCUUCGAUCCCGAAGAAGAUAGCGCCGUCUUGGAAGUGAAAAGUAAGAACGACUUGAUUUCACGACGUCAAAAUUUUCCACGAAUGAUUACGACCAGGACUAGACAACCUACUGAGGCCACAAAGGUAACUUUUGCUCCUAUAGAAACAAUUACCAGUCCUGCAAAUGUUGGAAAACCAGAGAACUUUGUCGACAUUCCUAUUAAAAAGGCUUUUCGAAAGAAAUUUGAUGACUUUCAAGAAUUAUAUUUAAAAGAGAAAAAGAAGCUUGUAGAUUUUUGAGAUGCCUAUUUUUUUGCCUCUUUGUCCAACGGUCGCUUAAUAUUUUGCCAAAACGUUUCUAUCCUUAUGGGUUGUUGUCUUAAAUAGCAAACUGAAUAAAAAAGGUUUAUCCGGA